AUGGCCCGGGCCCAGGCUGCAGCGGCGGGCACGGCGGCUGGGCCGACGCCCCCGCCGGGCGAUGACGCGGCUUCGUCGCGGCUGUGCGUGAAGAACAUCCCGAAGCACGUCGAGGACAAGCGUCUCCGCGAGCACUUCGCGGCAAAGGGGGAGGUGACGGACUGCAAGAUCCUCCGCACCAAGGACGGGCGGUCCCGCCAGAUGGCGUUCGUGGGAUUCAAGACCGCGGCGGAGGCAACACGCGCGCGAAAGUUCUUCCACAACUCGUUCCUCGACACCUCCCGCAUGAAGGUCGACUUCGCGUACAAGGCGGGGGAUGAGCAGCUGCCGCGCGCGUGGUCGAAGUACUCGAAGGGGUCGUCCGCGUUCAAGAAGCUCCACGCGGACGAGGAGGCCGCCGGUGCGGGCGCCGGCGGCGGCCAAAAGGACAAGGACAAGAAACCGGCCGACACGGUGGUGGACGAGAUGCGGCGCGCGAUCGCGAGCGACCCGAAGCUGCAGGAGUUCAUGGCCGUGAUGGCGCCGCGCAGCAAGGCGAAGAUCUGGAGCAACGAUGACGCGAUCGCGGGUGUGCCGGAGCCUGCAAAGGAGGGGGGCAGGGGGGCGGAGCGGCCGGCGUUCGACGACGACGGCAGCGACGACGACGGGGAGUACCAGGACCUGGCCGGCGGGGACGCGGAGGAGACGGACUCGGAGGGGACGGAGGCGGGCGUGGCGGGGGGGUCUAAAGGCGGUACUGGCGCGGCGGCCAUGUCUGACCUGGACUACUUGAAGGCGCGCACGAAGAACUUCGAUGAGGACGAAGGCGGCGGCGGCGACGCGUGGGCGGCGGAGGACGCCGGUACGGACGGUGAGGCGGAGGGAGCGAGUCAGGGGGGGGGGAGUGACGACGAGGAGGACCUCGAGGCGGAGCGGGCGACCAAGGCGCUCUUCGGAGGCGGUCAGGAGGAUGCGGGCGAGCCGGCGGACGCGGUGGACGCGGACGAGCAGGCUGACGUCAGUCAGACGGGGCGCGUGUUUGUGCGCAACCUGCCGUACGCCGCGACCGAGGAGGAGCUCAUCGAGGCGUUCGCGGCGCACGGCACGGUCACCGAGUGCCAUCUCUGCCUCGACAAGGCCACGCGGAAGAGCAAGGGCUUCGCGUACGUGUCCUUCGCGGAGCCCGCCGAGGCCGUCGCCGCCAUGCAGGCCCUCGACGGCGCGAUCUUCCAGGGCCGCCUCCUGCACGUCCUGCCGGCGCGGAAGCCGCCGCCGGCUCCGGAGCCGACGGGCAAGAAGGACGAGGCCGCGACGUUCAAACAGAAGCGCGAGGAGCAAAAGAAGAGCGAUGCGGGCAACGCGCGGUCGUGGAACGCGCUGUUCAUGCGGCAGGACACGGUCGCGGAGGCGAUCGCGGCGCACUACGGCGUGACGAAGGCCGAGCUGUACGACGCGCACAACGCCGCGGACCUCCCCGUGCGGCUGGCGCUCGGCGAGACGUGGGUCAUCGCGCAGACCAAGCGCGCGCUCGAGGCGGCCGGGUGCGACCCGGGCGCGCUGGAGCGCGCCGCGGCGGCGUCGGGGUCCGCGGGGACCCGGAAGCAGGUCGCGCGGGAGCCCGCGGCGCUCCUGGUGAAGAACCUGCCGUACGACUGCGACGCGGGGGAGUUGGAGGGGGUGUUCGGCGCGCACGGGCCCCUCGCGCGCCUCGUGCUCCCGGAGACGCGCACGCUCGCGAUCGUCGAGUACGAGGUCGCGCAGGACGCGCGCAGGGCGUUCAAGGCCCUGGCGUACAAGCGCCUGCACCACGUGCCGCUGUACCUCGAAUGGGCCCCCAGGGGGGUGUUCACGCGGCCGGCGCAGGCGGGCGACGUGGGCGCCAAGGCCAAGGCGCAGGGCGCGAAGGGCGCGGCGCGCGUCGACGCCGCGAUGGAGGCCGGGGUCGACGGCGACGCGGGCGGCGCCAUGACGAGCGUGUACGUCAAGAACGUGUCGUUCGCGACGACGGACCAGGCGUUCGAGCGGCACUUCCGGAAGGCGGUGAAGCAGCUCGGGCUGCCGAAGGAGGCCCUGCGCGGCGCCACGAUCGCGAAGCGCAAGGACAAGGAGCGGGGGGUGUUGUCCAAGGGGUUCGGAUUCGUCGAGUGCGCGACGGCGGACGCGGCCAAGGCGCUGGUGCGGCAGCUGCAGGGCCACCCGCUGGACGGCCACAAGCUCGUGCUGGCGCUGAGCCGCGGGCAGAGGAAGGAGCCCGGGGGGUCUAACGCGGUAGAAGAGGGGCUGAGUCAGACCAAGCUGGUGGUGCGCAACGUGGCGUUCCAGGCGACGAAGAAGGACCUCCUGGGGCUGCUGUCGGCGCUCGGGACCGUGAAGGACCUCCGGCUGCCGCGGAAGUUCGACGGCGGGCACCGGGGCUUCGCGUUUGUGGAGUUUUCGACAAAGCAGGAGGCGACGGCCGCGCUGCAGUCGCUGGCCGGAACGCACCUGUACGGGCGCCAUUUGGUGCUCGAGAGGGCACAGGACCGCGGCGAGGAGGAGGAGAUGGAGGCGGCGCGGGACCAGGCGGGGAGGGAGGUGCGCGGCGGCGUCGGGGCGCUGGCGGCGAAGCGCGCGCGGCUGGACCUGGCCGGCGGGGCUGCGGGCGGCGAAAAGCCGAAGAAGCGGCGAAAAGCGAGCGCGUGA